UAAUAAAUUUUAGGGUUUUAGUGUCAAAGUCUCUGUCGAUCCAUUUCUUUCACGCAAGCAUAUUGUGUUCAGGUUCAUGGAGUUUCUGAAUACGAGUUUGUUAGAAUAUAGAAGGGAAACAAAGCCCUAGGAAACUUAGGAGUUGGAAAUCAUGGAUCAAAACGAAUCCCAUGGCGGUGGAGAUGCAAACGAGCAAUUCCAUCAGAACGAAGCUAUUUCUGCGGUUGUCGAUGAGGGUUUUCUAGGGGAAGAUGAUGAUGAUUACGAAGAUCUUUAUAACGAUGUUAAUGUUGGCGAGGGUUUUCUUCAAUCUCUUCGGAAGAACGAGGAUUUAGGGUUUAAGAACGAGGAAGAAGUUGAGAAGAAUAAGUCGGAGCCGGUACCUCAGCCGGUGCAGCAUCCACAAGCGGUGGAUGAUGGCGCUGUUGGAGGUGGUGGUGAGAGCAAGUUUGAGAGCAACGAUGGUGUUUCUAGUAGAGUAGAGGCGAAUUCGAAUGUUGGGUUAGGAGUAAAUGAAAUGGGAGGGAUGGGAUCUGGUGGACCAGUGGGUGGUGGGCUUAGAGUUGAAUUAGGGCAGUCCUUGGCUAAAGUAGGUGAAGUAGAAAGUCGGACUGUGAGUAACAACGGCAUGCCGAACAUAGGGAUGGGACAACAACAGCCUCAUCAUGUUGGGACUGUGGGGAGUACAGGAAAUAUGGGGAGUUUAGGGAAUGCUGGUGGUGAUAGUUUAGUUGGACAAGGCAGUGGGAACGUCAAUGGUUCCGGAGGAAAUGUUUUUGGUAAUGGUGGUGGUGGUGGGGGAAUGAGCAUGGGUGGUGGAGGUGGCGGCGGUGUUGGUGGUGGGGGUGCAGGUGGAGGAACAAUUCUCUUUGUGGGAGAUUUACAUUGGUGGACAACUGAUGCUGAGCUUGAGUUGGAACUUUGCAAGUAUGGGCAUGUGAAGGAGGUGAAAUUCUUUGAUGAGAAGGCUAGCGGAAAAUCAAAAGGUUACUGCCAAGUUGAGUUUUAUGAUCCUUCUGCUGCUACAUCUUGCAAGGAGGGAAUGAAUGGGCAUGUGUUCAAUGGUCGUCCCUGUGUUGUUGCAUAUGCUUCACCUUAUAGCGUAAAAAGAAUGGGAGAAGCACAGGUGAAUAGAAACCAGCAAAUGGCUCAGUCUUCCGUGUCUCAAGCCAAGAGGGGCCCUGGAGAUGCUCCUGCUAAACCAGCGGGUAACAAUAUGUCUGCUGGUGGGAAUUUCCAAGGUAGUGGUGGGAAUUAUCAAGGUGGGGGCGACAACAGAGGGUUUGGAAGAGGAAACUGGGGUAGAGGUAAUGCUCAAGGGAUGGGAGGUCGGGGGCCAGGUAGGGGUGGUGGAAUGGGUGGACGUGGUGGGAUGGGCGGGCGUGGUAUGAUGGGGAAUGGUGGAAAUGCAUUCGGCCAGGGUAUGGGUGGACCGCCACCUAUGUUGCAUCCCCAGUCGAUGAUGGGUCAGGGGUUUGAUCCUUCUUUUGGAGGCCCAAUGGGCCGAAUGGGAAGUUAUGGAGGUUUUCCUGGUGGUCCAACGCCACCCUUUUCAGGUAUGCUGCCUUCCUUUCCGCCUGUCGGUAAUGUAGGCUUGCCUGGAUUGGCUCCACAUGUGAACCCGGCGUUUUUUGGGAGAGGGAUGCCCAUGAAUGGGAUGGGUAUGAUGCCAACAGGUGGUGUUGAUGGACCCAACAUGGGAAUGUGGUCAGAUCCUAAUAUGCCUGGAUGGGCUGGUGAUGAGCAUGGUGGCAGAGUAGGGGAGUCCAGUUACGGAGAAGAAGCCGUGUCUGAUCAGCAAUAUGGAGAAGGUAGCCAUGAUAGAGGAGCUUGGCCGAAUGCUGCAAAGGAAAAAGAUAGAGGGGUAGAGAGGGACUGGUCUGGGACUUCUGAUAGAAGAAUUAGAGAUGAUAGAGAACCUGGGUAUGAGAGGGAUGUGCCAAGAGAAAAAGAUGCGGUUCAUGAAGAAGAGUGGCCUGAAAGAAGGCAUCGAGAUGAGAGGGAAGGUGGAAGAGAUCGAGAAAGGGACCGGGACCGGGACCGGGACCGUGAGCGUGAUCGUGAAAGAUCUCGUGACCGCGAACGUGAAAGAUCUCGAGAUCGUGAGCGUGAUCGUGACAGGGAACGUGGCAGGGACCGUCAUAGGGAUGAAAGGGACAGAUAUGCUGAUCAUCACAAAUAUAGGGAAGUUGAACCAGAAUAUGAUGAUGAGUGGGAUCGGGGGCGGUCAUCACGAACCCAUGGAAAAUCAAGAUUGUCUCAAGAGGAUGAGCAAAGGUCUACUAGAUCUAGGGAUGCCGAAUAUGGGAAGAGGCGGCGUGUAACUGCAGAAUAACAUUGUGCGGCGCUGGUUCAUUUUACAAGUAAUCACAUCCAGAAAUCAUAAGCUCAAGCUUCUUUAUUUGUGGUUUUGUCGCUCUCAGGUGGACUCUCUCUGAACUUACUGACAAUGGUUCUCUAUAUCAAGUUGACGAACAAGGUUUUCUAAUGGUCUGAUAGGGAACGAAAGGUGUUCAGAGUGGAGGCUUUGCUUUUGAGAUGCGGAAGAGCCUUUGGGGCUUGGGCUACGGAUUUACAUUCCUCCUUGCUGAUGAUUUACAAGUGAAACUAUUGUUAGUUGUUAAGAGUUUGUUUGGAAUUGCUGUUUAUGUACUUGAAACUAUGUUGUGGUGGAUUAACACAUAUAGACUUAACUACUGUGUUUGAAUGUGAGAUCCAUGUAUUAGGAUUUUUUCUACUUUUUAUGUGUUGGGAGGAUUGACUACUAUGCCUCCUUUCUUUUUGGUUUUUAGUUGUCGUUACGCGUAUUUUUUUGUUGUAUGUAUCUUUUUAUCUUGUAUUCUCUUGCUGUAUAUGUAUAAGUAUCUGUAUGUAUAUAUCGUGUUGCCGUUUGUGGCGUGUAGGUCGGUAGAGUUGAGACUAACUGCUUGAAAUUGUAGAUAUGUUCGUCGGAUCCUUGAGUUGUACAUUUGAUAGACUGUAGUUCUUGGUUUUAAAUGAUCAAGUGAUUGUUGGGUUA